AUGCCUUCACUCUCUUCCCUCAAAAACAGAGUCAAUGCCGCCAUUCCCCAGCAGCGUCCGGGUGGUGUUGGCCGUGCCCAAAGCGGCGACCAGCAACGGAAAGCUGAAGAUGACCAGUCUCUGGGCACUCUCCUCACCCGCGAAGAGCGGGCGGAUUUGACGCUCCUCAUCUCCCAGACUAUCGAGGAGAUGAGGAGGAGUCUUGUGAGGGGUUUCGAUGAGAGGCCGAGACCCAAACCGAAAGGGGACGCCACAGGUGAAGCUGAGGCAGACAGGGCAGCCGUUGAGGUCUCGAAACUGAGCUUAUCGGAACAGCAGAGUAAGGGGGUAGAUGAAAAGUCCAAUGAGACAAGGCUCGAAGGUCCACAAACUCAAGCCGAUGAUGAUGAGCCUCAAGUCGAACCGGAGGCGGAUACGCUACUGACUACGCCCACCCCUGAAUCCAAGGCCCUAAUGAGUGCGGCUCUGGCAUUUUUCGAUGCCUGGGCCGAGAGUGUCAUCCUCCGCGUCGGCGAGGUCGUCAAUUCACGCGACGAAGCCGUGCAGGACAAGAACCACGAACAGACCCGCAAACUUGCCACCGAGGCCGCAAAGCAGCAGUACCGACCGACCGAGCGUGAACAGGAAGUGGACGACAAACUCUCGAAAGUAUUUCCGUCCGUACAGACGCCGCUGGCAGAUCUAAGUCAAGGCGAACGCUCCACAAUCAUCAAGGCAAUCCUCCUCCUCCUGCUUAGCCUCGAAGCCUACCGCGCCCAUUCUCGUGUCCUCCUGGUGCGGCUCGCGGUUUCCUUCGGUGUCAGUGUCGCAGAAGUUUCCAAGAUGGAGAAAGACACAGCAUAUGGCCUUCUCACCGCCGCAGCGAAAAUGGACGCUAGCGAAUCCACCCAGAAGGCCCAACAGGCAUCGUCUACGGCGAGGAAGUGGAAGAUCGGCGUGGCCGGCGUGGCCGGCGCCGCAUUGAUUGGCAUCACUGGCGGUCUUGCUGCUCCUCUGCUGGCGGCCGGGGUGGGCACACUGAUGGGCGGGUUAGGCCUUGGAGCCACUGCCGCAGCAGGGUAUUUGGGUGCACUGGCUGGCAGUUCGGUGCUCGUCGGGGGGUUAUUUGGUGCGUACGGGGCGAGGAUGACGAGUCAGGCCAUGGAAAAGUACUCGAAAGAGAUUGACGAUUUUGCAUUCCUGCCCAUCAACGGCAAGGAGGAUGACCCGGAGGAAACCCAAAAGCAACGACGACGACUACGGAUCACGGUCGGGGUAUCCGGGUGGUUGACCGAGGAAGAACAAGUCACCCUCCCGUGGCGAGUGCUGGGCGAGGCCGGCGAGCCGUUUGCAUUGCGGUGGGAACUGCAAGCCCUCCUCAACCUCGGGUCCGCGCUCAAGGACUUUGUGGUCAGCCAGGCGUGGUCGCAGAUCCGGCGGGAACUCAUCAAGCGCACCAUCUUCGCCGCGGUGUGGUCGGCGCUCAUGGCACCCUUGGCCAUCCGCAAGGCCAUCAAGCUGGUCGACUCCCCCUUUGGGAUCGCCAAGAUGCGCGCCGUCAAGGCCGGCGAGGUGCUGGCCGACGCGCUCAUCAACCGCGUCCAGGGCGAGCGGCCCGUCUCGCUGAUCGGCCAGUCGCUCGGCGCGCGGGUCGUCUACUCGUGCCUGCUGACGCUCGCAAAGCGCGGCGCCUUCGGCCUCGUCGACAACGUCGUGCUCAUGGGCGCCCCCGUGCCCAGCGACGAAGCGCAGUGGCGCGCCAUGCGCUCUGUCGUCGCGGGACGCCUCGUCAACGUCUACUCGCGCCAGGACUACAUUCUGGCGUUUCUGUACCGCACCAGCAGCGCGCAGAUCUCCAUCGCAGGCCUUCAGGACAUCGAGGGCGUGAGUGGGGUAGAGAGCUUCGACCUCUCCGACCGCGUCUCGGGUCACCUCAAGUACAUGCACAUGACGGGCCCGAUCCUCAGGGAGAUUGGCUGGUUUGACAUUGACGACGACGUCCUUCGUCGCGAGGAGAUGUUGGUCCGCCAGAUCAACGAGGAGGAGAAGGCGGUGGAGCAGCAGGGCGAUGAUCCGGAGAAGGUCAGCGUGUGA